AUGGUGCGGUUUCAGAAAAGGAGUCAUCGACCUCAUCAUCAACCGAAGAUCGACUUGGCAAGUCUGAGAAACGAAGAAUGCAGAAAGAAGUUCCGCCAACGAGUGUCGAUCAACAUUGGAUUACGGACCAGGAAGACAGUGGAAAGAUGUGACUCAUUCACUAAAUGCAUUAAGGACGCUUCUAAGAAAACGUCCCUGGUUUCAGCACCGAUGAAGAAGUUCACUUUUGCAUUUGCGGAGACAAUACCCACGUACAAUUCUGUAUUUGUUGCCCGCACUACUGGUGACUUCAGAAAGGGGAAGCGCCUGGGAAGGAUGUUGUGUCAUUAG